AUGUGUAACUUUGCUUUUAGGAAUAUCUUCGAUUGCGCUCUAGAAAUCGCCAACGAACGGGCGGAUCUGACUCGUCAGCUUGAAACCGUGCAAGAAGACGUGCUCAAGGAAGACGUCUCGAUCGCGGCGAAGGCGAUUCAAAUGGUAGACGCUCCCUUUCUUCUUGAAAAACAGCCUUCGAUCAAAGAAGAAGAUCUCCAGAAACUCGCUGCUUCUGCUGAUUCGGCCCGAGCUGCUUUUAAUUGGCGCGCAGAUCAAUUGAAAGAAUUGGAAAAGAAAGCAGAUGAAAACUUCUCGGAGCAGCGGGAAAAGAUCCGAGAAGAAAGCCGCGAACUGCGAAAGCAGACGGAAGAGAUUUGGGAGCAAAUCAGACGAGAGGACGAUGCCGCCAUUCAGGUCUUCAGAGGUGGACCAGGAGAGGAAGAUGAAGAGGAUGACUUUGGAAUUGGCGAGGAAGAGUUUCGAGAAAUCAACGAAAUGCUUGAGGGUCUCAAGUUAGAUACGGCGGAAAUUCGAGCGCGCCAAGAGGCGGAAAAGGAAGAAAUGAUGCGGUCGUUGGAGCAAACGCGAGUCAAGACAACGCAAAAUGAAAAGAUCGCGUCGCUCAAGAUCGAAAAAGCGGAAAAGAUGUUGGCGGAGAAAAGAGCGAAGGAUGACGCGCUGAAUGCGGAGAUUGAGACGCUCGAGCGAGAGAUUGCGGCUGAGGAGAUGGUUUUCCAAACUGAAAGGGAGAAAAUAGUGCGCUUAGAUGAAGAAGAAAGGGCGCUAGCCGAUGACAUCGCCCGACAACAAGAGGAAAGCGACGAGCUUGAUAAGCAAAUCGCAGAACUCUCCAAAGUCCUUGAGGAGCAGAAUGCGCUGCUCUCCCAGGAAAUGGCUGAGAACGAUGCCCUUGCUAAGAAAGAAGUCGAUUUGGAGAAGGAAGUUGCUGACUUAAAAAAUGAGUAUUCUGCAGCGCAAAACUCCAUGUCGAUCGGCUGGACGAACUCGAUCACGCUCAGACGGGAAAUCACCGCCGGCAAGGAUGAUUUGGCUAGGAUUUCUGAAGAAUGGAAGGCGGCUGAGGAGGAGAAGGAAAAAUCGAGAAUGGAGCUGGAACAAAAGGUCAACCUUUUCCAAGAGUUGGAGAAGAAAGUCGCUUCUGAGGAGGCUUCGCUCGCGAGUGGCAAGAAAGAGCUAGAAUUGGCGAAAGAAAAGUGUUCCAAAUUGGGCGAAGAAAAUCAAGUCGCUGAAGAUUCCGCCGCUGAGCUCGACGAUAACAUCAAAAAGCUCACUUCUGAUGUUGACCAACUCGUCGAGAAGCAGAAGCAAUAUGAAGCUCUUCUUGUCCCCGAAGAUAAUUGA